GCUAUAAGUCUGUACAAUGAUAGGAGGUAUAAGGAAGCUGAAGAGCUGUUUAUGCAAAUGAUGAAGACGCGCAAGAGAUUGCUUGGCGACGAGCAUCCAGAUACGCUGACCAGUAUGCACAAUCUUGCUCAUACGCUGCAUUCACAAGAUCGUCGAGAGGAGGCUCUUACGAUGAUGGAAAGAUGCUUCCAGUCGCGCCAGCGCAUUCUUGGAAGCCAACACCCAUAUACGCGAUCGUCACUUAAGGCGCUAAGCGGUUGGUAG